UCACGAGUGACGAAAUAUGAUGGCUCGACCAGAUUCAGAUUUCAGAGAGGAGGCUCUAAAGGAGGAUUUAAAGUUUUAUUUUAUGAAUCCAUGUGAAAAAUACAGAGCCAGACGCCAAAUACCGUGGAAACUGGGUUUGCAGAUUCUGAAGAUAGUUAUGGUUACUACACAGCUUAUCCUUUUUGGUUUGAGUAAUCAGUUAGUAGUUUCUUUCAAAGAAGAAAACACUGUUGCAUUUAAACAUCUAUUUCUGAAAGACUAUUCAGGUGUUGAUGAAGACGAUUAUAGCAGAAGUGUAUACACACAGCAGGAUGUUUAUGACAGCAUCUUUUUUGCUAUUAAUCAGUACCAUCAAUUAAAGAAUGUAUCCCUGGGAACACUUGGUUAUGAACAUGACGAAGAUGAUGGGUCAGGCUUAAAAAUAUGUAAACAGCAGUACAAGAAAGGCACAAUGCUUCCGUCCAAUGAUACGCUGAAUAUAGAUGUUGCCAUUGAAACAGAUUGUAUUCGCUUAGAACCACAGGCACUAGCUAAUAAGAAGGUUAAUGACUUGGACAUAAAGAAUUCAUCAUUUUUCAAUCUUGAAUUUUAUAGGCUUAUACAGGUUGAACUCUCCUUUAAACUUAAGGGCAUUGAUCUACAAACAAUCCAUGCCCGUGAACUGCCUGACUGCUAUGCAUUUCAGAAUACUAUUACUUUCAACAACAAAGCACACAGUGGUAAGGUGAAGAUCUACUUUGAUAGUGAUGCCGAUAUUCAAGAAUGCAAGGACUGGUAUAUAUCUGGUUCCAUUGUUCAGAAGAACACUCAGUACAUUCUGGUGUUUGAUGGAUUUGUCAUUGUAAGUUGCUUUGCUUCCCUUAUUCUCUGCACACGAUCCAUUAUUCUUGCUCUAAAACUUCAAAAAAGAUUUGUGAAUUUUUUCCUGGAAAAAUAUCAACGCCACGUCUGUCAUGCUGACCGUCUGGAGUUUAUAAAUGGAUGGUAUGUCCUGGUGAUUAUCAGUGAUAUGAUGACAAUUGUUGGAUCUAUACUUAAAAUGGAAAUAAAAGCCAAGAACCUCACAAGUUACGAUGUUUGCAGCAUUUUACUUGGAACAUCCACUCUGUUUGUUUGGGUUGGAGUCAUCAGAUACUUAGGAUAUUUCCAAACAUACAAUGUGCUCAUUUUAACAAUGCAGGCAUCACUACCCAAAGUGCUGAGGUUUUGCUGUUGUGCUGGGAUGAUCUAUCUUGGCUAUACUUUCUGUGGCUGGAUUGUACUGGGGCCUUAUCAUGAAAAGUUUGAAGACCUGAACACGGUUGCUGAAUGUCUGUUUUCUCUGGUGAAUGGUGAUGACAUGUUUGCAACUUUUGCUCAAAUACAACAGAAGAGCACCUUGGUGUGGUUAUUCAGUCGACUAUAUCUGUAUUCCUUCAUUAGUUUGUUUAUAUACAUGAUCCUCAGCCUUUUUAUUGCACUCAUUACAGAUUCCUAUGAUACUAUAAAGAAAUACCAACAAAAUGGCCUUCCAGUGACAGAUCUUCACGAAUUCCUGAAAGAAUGCAGUAGCAUAGAGUAUGGAAAGGAACUGCAGGCUUCUGUACCUUUCAUCUGCUGUUGUGGAAGUCACAGACGUCGACAAAGUGAUGACAGCUUGAUACUUAUUAACUGAUGACCUGCUACUGAAGCUUGCUGCUCAAGAGUGUGCAAGAGGGGCAACUUUGGCAGAAAAUUUUCCCCAAAAUUGCCAAGAGAUCCAUUAUUUCCUUGUAAAUGGACUUAAAACACUUGAAGUGUUGCGGGAAGAAAAAGCUGCUACUCACUGGUGUCAGCUGGCUGACCAUGGUGGAAGUUCAAGACUUGCCUUUACUGGGGAAUAGAAAGCACUGACAGCUACUCUCACUCUGGGUUCCACAACCAUAGAGAAGGCUUAACCCUGAGAAAUCUCUGUGGGAGCUUGGGUUGCUCAGCACCAGUCAAGGUCAGGCUACAAACUGAUAAUCUAUUUCUUAAAAAAAAUAUGUAGAACAGUAUUUGAAGACUUAAUCUGCUUGUUUUUAAGGACAAUGUAAAAUAUUGCAAUUCUUGGAAGGGAAAUGUAUGGCUCAUUCAUGUGAAUGAAUGUACUCAGACAUGAGACUUAUAAUUUGUUUACCACAAAAAAGAUUUGGUUCAUUGAAAUAAAUUUGUGUAAUAUGCAGACCUGCACAAAAGUACAAAACAA